CACGGGCGUGCUGGAGCCUAUCCCAGCUAUCAAAGGGCAACCAUUUUGCAACACCAUGCAGGGGAUUGAACCCCGAUCCUCAGAACUGUGAGGCAGACGCUCUAACCAGUCGCCCACCGUGCCGGCUAUGUAUGUAUUCAAUGUAAGUGAUUAUUUUCAUCAUUAAACGAGUGACUUAAACCCUGUUUUUAAAUGUGUUUUAAAUAUAGUAACAGUUAUGAACUUUACUAUGACGUAUGAGGUGCCUUUUGUUAUAGCUCACAAUCGUCACUGCGACUAGCUGGAGGUGGAAAGAAGUGAGUCUUACCUGCGCACAUGCCUUACUAAAGACCAAAUUCCUUACUGCGUCUGUUCACAAUGUGACGUGCUGCCACUGGCUGCACGCCUCCUGCGGCCACUCACAUGUGACGUGUGUAUUAGUCUUGGCUGCCUCCUAUCACCAGUCUCUCUCCUGUGCUCGGUUCAUUGCUCUCCCUGCUGGAUUCGAUACUGAAAACUACCUGACCCAGGGAAAAAGGAAACCUGCAGUUAGCACAUUCAAGGGUGACAUUCUUUAAGGCGCCACCUGUGGAUGAGUGAGUGAGCCCCUAAUUCAAGAUGCUGACUGUUAGUUUUAGGCAGCAGUACAAUGGAUGAGUCAACAGAGAUACAAACAGAUGGCAAUUCUCUGCUAAAGGCUGUCUAUCUGAGUCGUCUGCGUCUGACUCGGCUGCUUCUGGAGGGAGGGGCCUAUGUAAACGAGAGCAAUGAACAUGGCGAGACACCUCUGAUGGUGGCUUGCAUGACACGUCACUCAGAUACACAGAGUGUGCCCAAACACAAAAUGGUCCAGUAUCUCCUGGAAAAUGGUGCAGAUCCAAACAUUCAAGACAAGAGCGGGAAAACUGCCUUGAUGCAUGCGUGCCUUGGACAGGAUGGAACUGAAGUCCUCUCCCUUCUGCUGAGUAGUGGUGCUGAUCCAACUCUGGAGGACCACUCUGGCUUGUCAGCACUAGUUUACGCUGUUAAUUCAGGUAACAGGGAAAUCCUCAAGAUCCUCAUGGAUGCUUGUAAAGCCAAGGGAAAGGAAGUCAUCAUCAUCACCAUCAACAAGCAACCAUCUGGCCAUCAGACAACAAAGCAGUACCUAAAUGUUCCUCCACCCCCUGACCUUGAGGAGCAUCUGUAUUGCACGCCAACCUGCUCGUCUCCAUUUGACAUCCAGCGACGAGUUCCCCCACAGAGUUCCUCAGCAAGUGCCUCUCCAAAGCCUGGUAUUCCCCCUCUUGGCCUGAGAAAUACUAAGUUUCCUGGUUUAUGGGUUAGCUUUGAUACAUCUCAACCAGACUCACCUAUUAAACACCCUAGUCCAAUAAAUGUUCCUAAUGUGGACAAGCGGCUUAAUCUCCAGAGAUUACACUCGUGGCAGUGGGUCAAAAGUCCACACCUACUUCAUCAGAAGAGCCAGACUUCCUUGCUGACAGAGGAGCAAGUAGAAUCUCCACCGGAGUUCGUCUCACCUUUCAGAGGCGUCAACUUCCAUUGUCGGCCUCCAGCUGUUUCGCGCCACCAUAGCGUGGACAUGAAAGAUGCGCCCCUGAAAGCACUGGACAUGCAGAAUGACAACAGAGGGGAAAGUGGAAGAGGCUUUGCUCGAAAGAUGUCAUUUGACAGUGCUGCAAGUGCACAGCAUUCCUCUUCUCACCCUAACUUGCAUCAAGAAAACAAUCUCCCGUUUCCCUACGAAUCCAGUCCUGCCGGUGGAGACACAUCGGACAGUCUUCGACAGUUAAAUAUUUCCAGUCUUCAAAACGUUAUUCAUCGACGUAACAUUGGCGUUGAUCAUUACAGUUCAGACUCUCAGUUACCACAGUUUGGCAGCAAAGACAAAAGAUUAAAAUGUCUGACAAAAGGAUCAGACAGGCCCAAGCUGACAAACAGCAGGUCCUCCACUCUGUCGGGCUCCAGAGAUUCUCUAGAUAGUUCUAUCCAGAGACGAGCGACUGUUGGACUAGAACGAAGAGGCUCAGGGCCCCUUCUCCAGGAUCAUAUCUCCUCCACUCGACCAGGAUAUCUCCCCCCUCUGAACCGGCAUGCUCCCGUUCCAGAUAUUGGGGUCAACGCCAUCACUCUGUGUCCACUGACUGCAAGUAGCAAAACAUUCAAUAUUGUUUUUAAAGGGUCUAAGCCUGUUCUGCCCUGUGCACCUAUUCUCCCAAGAGACAUGAUAACCAGUAAAACGCUGUCGAGACGCCACUCCAUGCAGAGCGAGCAGAUUAAGCAGCUGUCCAACUUUGAAGAAAAGUUGGACCACUGAAGUCAUUUCUUUGUUUGUUUGUACAAUGGCUCUUAUUUUUUCCCCUUUUCUCUCAGUAGCAGUAUUCCUUGUUUUUCACCCAUACAAAGCUCUAUGGUUUGCCUUUUAGUCUGCAGAGACAAAAGCCAAUCUCAAACGGACCUUAACAUACAGCGGCUGAAAUAAGUAUUUAACACGUCACUAUUUUUAUCAUAAAAUAUAUAAGGUGCUAUUGACAUGAGAUUUUCACCAGAUUUCGGGAACAACCCAUGUAAUCCACACAUACAAAGAAAGUAGAACAAAUAAGAUCAGAAAUUAAGGUGCGUGUAAAUGUGAAAUGACAAGGGAAAAGUAUUGAACACAUGAAGAAAGGGAGGUGCAUGGAAAGCCAAGACAACACCUAAAAUCUAUCAAUAAUCAAGCAGCAAUCAAGCCCCUUGUCAGUGCAAAUAAAUAUUAGCUGGUUCAGUCCUAAUUGAUGGCCUACAAAAAGUCUAAUUGCCAAGGUGUGAGUCAAGACACAUCUCAUGAUGGGUAAGAGCAAAGAGCUGUCUCAAGACCAACGCAAAUUAAUUGUUGCAAAACAUAACGAUGGCAUUGGUUACUAGCGCUUAGCUAAGCUUCUUAAUGUUCCACUGAGCACGGUUGGGGCCAUAAUACGCAAGUGGAAAGCCAAUCAUACCACCAUAAAUUUGCCUCAAUCAGGUGCUCCUCGCAAGAUUUCUGACAGAAAUGUAUGUAUGGGUUACUUGGGUUGUUCCCAACAUCUGGUGAAAUUUUCAUGUCAAUAGCAGCUUAGGAAUUAUAUAUAGUGAGAAAAAUG